GGUACGUGCAGCCUGAUGAUACAUGGGGUUCAUAUGUCCUAUAAAAGGACAAACAGCCCAGAAGGACAAAAAAUUCUCUGCAUCACGCGGAAAUGAAGGUUUUCACCGCCCUGCUGUUCCUGCUCCCCAUUGCCGCACAGUCUCAGUAUCUGCGGCCGGAGUACUGCGCCGACAUCCGUAAGCAUGACCAAACCCUGCCCAGCGGCGUUUACACCAUCUACCCAACCGCAACAUUAAUUCUUCAGGUGUACUGUGACAUGGAGACAGAUAACGGAGGAUGGACCGUGUUUCAGAGGAGAAUGGACGGCAGUGUGAAUUUUUACAGAGGCUGGGAUCAUUAUAAGACAGGAUUUGGGUUUGCAGAUGGAGAAUACUGGCUGGGAUUGGAGAACCUCUUCCACCUCACCCUGAGGAAGAAGUACGAGCUGAGAGUGGACAUGCAGGACUGGGAUGGAGGAUGGGCUUCUGCUCAGUACUCUUCCUUCUCUGUGGAUCCGGAGAGCUACGGCUACACCCUCCACGUCAACGGUUUUAUUGAUGGAGGAGCAGGUGAUUCUCUGGAGUAUCACAAUGGACAGAAGUUCACCACCUUUGAUAGAGAUCAGGAUGCUGCUUCUCACUAUAAUUGUGCAGCAAGGCAUCGUUCAGCUUUCUGGUUCCAGGCUUGCCAAAAAUCAAACCCCAAUGGCUUAUACCUGUGGGGACAUGAUGACAGCGCUUCUAGAACGGGGGUUCUGUGGUCCCACUGGAAGGGACAUGAUUAUUCUUUAAAGUUCAUCAGCAUGAGGAUCAGACCUGUGUCUUCAGCUGUUUAACCAGAAAUAAAAUAUUCACACUGCAAUCACAAGCAUUAAAUGUAGCCGUAAGUGGUGAUUAUUGGGGUCCAAGCACUUCUGAGUAAUCUUGAACAAUUGAAAUAAACAUUGGUGUACUUUAAUAAAGACAUUCCACGUUGUUAAAGA